AGCAGAGAGAGUCAUGCUGUUUCUCCUUUUCUCUAUAGUUCGCUCGAGGUAAAAGAACUCUGGCUGGAUACCAUCUUCUGGCAAACAAAAGAAACCAAGGGAACCAGAAUCACUAAAGUUCCAUCAACUAAAUUCCUAAUGAAGGUGUUAAGCAGCUGCAAUGCUCCAAAACCUCUAAAUGCCAGCAAUAUGGAGACUUUGAUUGAGUGCCAGUCAGAGGGCGAUAUCAAGAAAUGCCACUUGUUGGUGUCGUGUGACAGUGAAGAUGGGCUUUGCCAUCUGAUUGAUGGUAAUAAGAAAAGAAAGAAGGUGAUAUCAUGGCCCUUCGCGCUGCGAUGGAACUCUACAAUAUCAGAGUCCUCGGGACAUUUAGAAUCUGAUCUGAAGACUUCUCUGUUUGAUCAGCCUCUGUCAAUUGUCUGUGGUGAAGAUGACACACUCCCCAAACCCAUCCAGGAUAUCCUUACUACACUGUACUUUAAAGGACCUUUCACUGAAGGAAUAUUCAGAAAAGCUGCCAAUGAAAAAGCACGCAAGGAGUUGAAGGAAGAACUGAACUCAGGAGGAAAGGUUGACUUGGAAAGCAAACCCGUGCAUCUGUUAGCAGUGGUCUUUAAGGAUUUCCUACGAAAUAUCCCAGAUAAGCUACUCUCAUCUGAACUUUAUGACGAGUGGAUGACAGUGAUGGAGAAGCAGAGCAAUCCUGACAGAAUUGAAGGAUUGAAAGAGGUUGCAGACAAAUUACCAAGACCAAAUCUCCUCUUGCUCAAGCAUUUGGUCUUUGUACUUCACCAUCUCAGCAAAACCUCUGAGGUCAACCGGAUGGAUUCCAGCAAUCUUGCUAUCUGCAUUGGGCCAAACCUGCUGACUCCAAAGCACGCUGAAACCUUACCACUCGAAGUCCAGAAACAGAUGAAUGACAAGGUUAAGACAUUAGUGGAAUUCCUCAUUGAUAACUACUUUGAAGUAUUUGGGGAGGAUAUAUCUUUGCUCUUCAGUCCAUCAGCUGAUGAUUCACUGGAACACACCGACAGCUCCACAGAACUGUUAUCUCCCACUCAGCAAAAUGACUCUGCCUACGACAGCACUGAUCCCGAGGCUGAAUGCAGCUCCAGCAUUUCUCAAAUCAAGCUGCUCCAGAAGGCCAAAGGGAAAACCAGUAGCCUGAGAAGUAGAGACCCACGAUGCCAAAAACCACAGGACCUCCCCCCCCUUGCCUCUUCACUAACCGUUUUUAAAAACUCCAUAAGCACACUGGAUAGGAGAUUCUCUGAGCCAGACAUGUCCUUGCAGGACUGCCUUGACGGCAAGAUAAGUAGCCAGAAGCUAACCAAAAGUGAGGAUAACUUCACCAUCCAGCAGGAACAGCUGAGGUUGCAAGGUCAAGAACUGGAAAAGCGCCUGCCAGGGGAAUUUUUUCCUGGAGGUCACUAUAGGACUAAAAAGCCACUAAACCUAAGUGUGAAAACCAACUUGCCAUCAGAAUUAUCAAGUGGCUCAUUACCCAAAACAUCCUCCAACUGUUCCUUGGAUAGCUCCUUAUCCAAUUCUGACUGCUCUGUCUUUACCAGCUCACCAUUAGUUUCUCCUUCCAGUCCCAAGAGAAACUUCGUAACCAGACCCCAGUCCUUUUCCACCAAGACUGCUGAUGAAAGUGAUACACCCAUCAGAGAGAUCAAAAAGCACUCCAUGUCAUUUUCUUUUGCAACCCGCAAGAAAGUGCUAACAAAAACUCAAAGUUGGGAGCCUGGAAAAGCUAUGGGCUUUCAAAGAAACAGCUUCAAGAAGGACUCAAAGAAAGAAAAUCAGUUUUCAGGCAGAAUAGUCCAGGAACACUGUACCAACAAUGGCAAACCAUUAUCUGUGGUAUAUCAACCAAGGUCUCGUUUCAGGUCAGCUGAUGAGGUAUUUAGAGAAGUGGACCAGAAAAAUCCUGGCAAACCACCAUCGUAUGAAGAGGCUACUAAAAACUGCCUGGCUGCUAAGGUCCCUUCAUACAGUACCUUAACAAUUCAGAAUAUGAGAGCAACUGUGUCAAAUCAAGACUCUUUGCCUCCUCAUCCAGGUCUCAGCAAUAGAGAGGUUACAACAGAUACGUAUCAGAAGGAUCUACCCUCUGACAGACUUUUUGUGGUAAAUGAUUCUCAGAUACAAACUGAAACCAUUGACAUUGGAAUAAAUUCCCGUGCAAGUUUACCUGUAACCCCUCGAGUUUAUCGUCUCAGGACUAUGUCUGAGUCCUAUCAAAAGAACAAACAAGAGUAUCUGACACGACGAUGCAGUCAGCCACUCUUUGAGGUUGACCAGCUCAAAUAUGCUAAGGAAUCCUAUGUUUAA